CCAGCGUUGUGAUGUGUUCUUUUAGUGUGUUGAUAUGCACAGUCUUGACUGGCAUAUUUUUCUCUUCCCUUUUUGCGCCCUUUCCUCCGCCAUGUAUUGCAUUCACUGAUGAAUAAAAUUCCCAUUUUAUUCACGUGUGUUGUCUCAUAUUCAUUCGUCAUCCGGGAUACGAGGAUUAACCUCGUAUUCCCUAUAUGGUAGCAGAUCUGUGAAAGAUCUCGUCUCUAGAAGAGCCUCGAUCUGUGCUGUUUACAGCGCAGACUGGAAUCAUAUCUUUGGAUCCCAUCCUUGAUCGGACGGAUCCAUAUUUCCCAUUUCCUGCGGAUAUUUGGGCACCAUCAAAAUUUUUUCACUGUCGAGCAGUGGAAAGGGAGGAAUAAACUCCAGAAGAGAAUCAACCUCACGACGCGAACAGUUCGCGGAAUAACGCUGCUGAACGCCUGACAUCUCUGUGUACGAAACACACUGUGUCAUAGGGACAACAGUGAACCGUGUAUGCGCGCCGUACAUUUCAAAGGAAACGAAACCAGCAGUGGCCAAACGAUUAAAGAAUUGUUUCUAGAAUUACUUCUGACGAACAGAAAUCUUUACGAAUAAAUACAAAAAAUUCCUGACCUUUUCAGAUAAAUUCUACGAUAGAAUUUCCUGGUUACGUGCCUGGAAUUUUGGUAGCUGUAAACUGUCUGUCUGUGAAUAAUAUGGAUCGAGAGCAGAAUCAGGAUCAACGACCUGUCCCGAUUCCAUCACGUGGACGCGGACCAAGACGGGGACGACCCUCGAUGAAUCGUGGAGGAUAUUUUAAUCCACCACUACGCGGUCCCUAUAUUUACGAUCCCCGAAAUGCAGCACAAGAAAUUCAAGUGCCGAUACGACUCCCGAAUGUUUCGCUGACGCAUCAGCAAAACCCAUAUCAGCAGGGAAGCGGCACAGUGACAGUUCCUUUAACGCCAGUUAUUGUGCUGCAGGAAACACCUCCAGUGACACACGCACAACGAACGCAACGACAGUGGAUCACUUCACAACAAAGUGUCCCGAGGCCGAUUUAUACGAUUGCCGUCACAUCUGCAACGAAUACGACCACAACAACUAUGGCUACUUCUACAUCUAUGGCCACGCGUCCAGCGUCAGUGUCACGUCAAUCAAGUGGAGAAACUGUCCAGAUUAUGGCUGAUUUACGCGCAGAGAAUCCACGAGACCGUAUACGAAUUACCGGCCCACCUAAUACUGACGAACAGUAUCGCCGGCAAAUUAUGGAAGAAUUACGCGCGGAAUUAAACGCCCAGAUGCGACAGCCAGGACAGAUUGAAGCGUUCAUCGAGCAAUCAGACGAUCCAAUGAAUGAAUCAAUUACGCUGCGUAUUCCUACGAAAGGAAUGAAUCGCCGUCGAAAAGUGACAGAGGAAAAGUCUACGCAGACUAAAAUUCAGAAAUUGGAUGAAGUGAUGCAGUCUCGACAGUCAGAAAUCCCUUCGGAACUGUCUUCAGUCCCUGUUUCACGCGCAUCGACACCAGCACGAUCUGAAUCACGCAGUCGACAUGUCGACGAACGGCAGUACGACAUUCCACAAAUUAGCCAGGCGAUUGUUGCUAUCAAGGAGUGCAUUGAAACAGUCAAGAAACGAAAGCGUAAGCCUUCUUUGGCUUAUCUGAAAGAGCAGUAUCGCCAAUGGGAAAAAGAUAUUCACAAUCGUAAAGCGGAUAUGAAAUUAUUCAAGUACGCACUGGAACAAGGAGUGCAGCGUGGAACAAUUUUGGAAACAUAUAACGACUGGCAGACUGAUGCAGCUUACGUGAAUCCAGAAUCACUGCAGCGUGGUCACGAAGACUACACGAUGGACACGCCGCACAGAAUUGAAGAGGCUAUUAUAAAGGCUUGAAAAGAGAUUCGAAAUCCAAAGGGAUCCACAUACGACGAAAUUUUACGACAUUUAAACGCCGUUUUUCCAGUACCUGCAGUAGACUGGAUUCAACACCAGCAGAAUGUUCGUCGAGCAGUGGAUGCCCUGGUUGAACAACAUUUGAUGGAAGUUUUACGCCAGAGAAAUGACCCAGAGCCACGUUAUGCUUUAAUGGCAUCACGCAGACAACGAUUGUCUGGCCUGACUGGAACACCGGCAAAUAAAAUUCCAAAAACACCAUACGGCCCAGAUGUACGCCCAGCACCAACGACGCAUAAGCGAUACUCUAACGCCGUGAUGGAACCGAAACGUCGUUACGAUACGACAUCAUCUGGCGAGGGGAAUACAUCUGUAAUUCUAUUGGAUGAACCACAGUCUGAACCGCGACGAAGUGAAAGAAUUAGCCAGCGUACGCAACGCUCGGCCCGGCUGACACAGGCAGCACCGGAACCACUUCCAGGAACAUCCAGACCACCAGUCGCGAGAAAAGCAAACCGUCGAACAAACCCGCACGAUCUCUUGUCUCCCGCAAGUUCACGUAGUGCAACACUUUCAGCGGAUGCACCGGUAUUUAUCUCUAUGGAUAAUAUUACGCAGGCGAUACGAAUCGUCGAAAAUACGCAAAGCCGACCUACAGUCGUCAGAAUUUGGGAGGCAAUACGUGCACAGCCGGGUAUGACUGGAAUAACGCGAGAAAGAGUUCAAGAAGAACUGGAAAUGCACGCCAGGAAUGCACGUCUUGUAGAACGAUACUACGGCAGCUGGGAAGCAGUUUAUCAGCAACCGUGCAGCAUUACGAAUCGAAUAAAUGCAGACUUCGAAAAUCCCUUCUUUUGGACAGAGGCUGUUAAUCGUGCCAUCAGAGAUAUUCGCCAUCCUAAUGGAUCGACAAUCCGGGAAAUUUUUAAUUAUUUACGAAUAUAUAUCAUCAAUGGAUUGCCAAAUAACGCUGAAAGUCAAAUCGAAAACACAGUAGCAGAUGAAUUGGAUUAUGAAGAAGACGAUGGCCGAUACAAGACAGUUGGAAGGAAAUAGACAAAGAAAACGUUACGAUUGGCUGACGAACAGCCCGAUCUGUCUAUUACGCCCACUCGAAAGAAUUAUACGGCGAAAACGCUAUGAUUGGCUGACGAACAGCCUGCAGCUGUCUACCACGCCUCCGAACUUCAUGAAUGAACGAGAUGAGACGCACGUGUUAGCUGAACGGAAAAAACCGCAUGCAAAUCAGUCCUUCAUCUGCAUAGCCAGCCGACAGUGAAUAUUUUUGAUUUUUUUCACGUACCGGUAAAAUGGAGUAUAAAAUUGAAAAGUUCCACGAAAACUGUGAGCGAUGUCAGAAGAAUGCCGAACGUCCAUGCGUACGACAUUUGUUAUCCGGAUUGACGGAACCACAGAAGGUAGCAGAACUCUUCUACGAAGCUAUUUUGGGGAAUGUAGCCGCGUACCUGGAGUUUAUUCGCCCGGAGUAUUGGGAGAGUCCGCAUAACAACGAGAACUUCCGCGAACGAGUCAUCGUGGAAACGCACAUGCGCAUUCGGCGGAAGGAGGAACGCUGGAGGGAUAUUGAACGCCCACCAUCACAGCCAGCUGAAAAGCCGAAAGCAGGUACGCUGCCAGUUGUUAAUUUGGCUCAGUUCGCGAAAUCUACGCAGGAACCCUCAGCCCCACGACACCCAUCUCUCGACAAACGAGUGGAGAACAUGCCGGCGCUGAUGAAACGCAUCACCGAAACGGAGCCAGUUAUCCAGGAUGUCACAGCUACAUUCCGUGGAUGGGGACGAAACCGAGAACCCGUCAUCUAUAACGAGCAGAUCGCCAACAAACCGAUCUUGAAGAAGUUCUCAUCGGCACCGAACGUUUUCUUGGACCCGAAACUGCAACCUCCUACGAAGGAGAAGGACGAUUCAUGUGACGAACACAUGAAUCCGCGCAUUUCACAGCACCCAACUAUGAUGGGUAUUCACUUUGGAUACGGCACCAUUACGACUCAAGCGGAACGGCUGCAGAAAGCUUUGAAUCUGCGGAAUGCUGACGACGUAACAGAGACGGCCCUGAAAAGGAUGGUGUUGAGUUUCCAUUCCUUUUAUCAGAAAUCGGAAUUGGACAAAGUCGUGCAGGAACAGAAUACUCCAGGCUUGAAAUUCUCCCGGAAAGAAGCGGAGUAUGUGUACUACACGGAACGACGCCGUCACAAUAUGCAAACACAGCUGAGCCGCGAACGAAUCGGAGUUCCUCUCCAGACCCCUGAUGCAGAAUGGCUGAGCCAAUUCCAAAUACAUGGACACACGAAGAUGGAGGGAUAUGUGUUACAGUUUAUUUUACCGGACACGAAUCCGGCGUUGUUUUUUCUAGCCUGUCGUGCUUCCCUGGACAUUACGCAAGCCAUCUGCGAAGUGAAUAAGAGUAGCGACACACAGUGGAAAGAUCGACCAGUGAACGACCCACUGAAACGAUUCUUUCGGUUGAUAUUUGCUGCACGAUUGGGACAUUUCAAUUCCCACUGCGAACUCGCUGAUGAAAAGAAGAACUGGCGUGAAUACGGACGGAGUAUGGUGGAUGCGCUCGGUAAACCAGAAGACCGCGCUACGGCUCAGAGACGCAUCCGAGCGAUGAUUGAAAACGAUAAUCUACGAAAUCAUGGAUUUAAAGGCAUGGAUAUUAAUCCUGAAGCACGGGACUUCAGUGCGGAAUACGCGCUAAUGGACCAUGUGAAAACUCCCCGUGUUGUGCAGCCAGUUCAGCCAGACGACGUAACAGAGACGGCCCUGAAAAGGAUGGUGUUGAGUUUCCAUUCCUUUUAUCAGAAAUCGGAAUUGGACAAAGUCGUGCAGGAACAGAAUACUCCAGGCUUGAAAUUCUCCCGGAAAGAAGCGGAGUAUGUGUACUACACGGAACGACGCCGUCACAAUAUGCAAACACAGCUGAGCCGCGAACGAAUCGGAGUUCCUCUCCAGACCCCUGAUGCAGAAUGGCUGAGCCAAUUCCAAAUACGUGGACACACGAAGAUGGAGGGAUAUGUGUUACAGUUUAUUUUACCGGACACGAAUCCGGCGUUGUUUUUUCUAGCCUGUCGUGCUUCCCUGGACAUUACGCAAGCCAUCUGCGAAGUGAAUAAGAGUAGCGACACACAGUGGAAAGAUCGACCAGUGAACGAUCCACUGAAACGAUUCUUUCGGUUGAUAUUUGCUGUACGAUUGGGACAUUUCAAUUCCCACUGCGAACUCGCUGAUGAAAAGAAGAACUGGAGUGAAUACGGACGAAGUAUGGUGGAUGCGCUCGGUAAACCAGAAGACCGCGCUACGGCUCAGAGACGCAUCCGAGCGAUGAUUGAAAACGAUAAUCUACGAAAUCAUGGAUUUAAAGGCAUGGAUAUUAAUCCUGAAGCACGGGACUUCAGUGCGGAAUACGCGCUAAUGGACCAUGUGAAAACUCCCCGUGUUGUGCAGCCGGUUCAGCCAGACGACGUAACAGAGACGGCCCUGAAAAGGAUGGUGUUGAGUUUCCAUUCCUUUUAUCAGAAAUCGGAAUUGGACAAAGUCGUGCAGGAACAGAAUACUCCAGGCUUGAAAUUCUCCCGGAAAGAAGCGGAGUAUGUGUACUACACGGAACGACGCCGUCACAAUAUGCAAACACAGCUGAGCCGCGAACGAAUCGGAGUUCCUCUCCAGACCCCUGAUGCAGAAUGGCUGAGCCAAUUCCAAAUACGUGGACACACGAAGAUGGAAGGAUAUGUGUUACAGUUUAUUUUACCGGACACGAAUCCGGCGUUGUUUUUUCUAGCCUGUCGUGCUUCCCUGGACAUUACGCAAGCCAUCUGCGAAGUGAAUAAGAGUAGCGACACACAGUGGAAAGAUCGACCAGUGAACGAUCCACUGAAACGAUUCUUUCGGUUGAUAUUUGCUGCACGAUUGGGACAUUUCAAUUCCCACUGCGAACUCGCUGAUAUAAAGAAGAACUGGCGUGAAUACGGACGAAGUAUGGUGGAUGCGCUCGGUAAACCAGAAGACCGCGCUACGGCUCAGAGACGCAUCCGAGCGAUGAUUGAAAACGAUAAUCUACGAAAUCAUGGAUUUAAAGGCAUGGAUAUUAAUCCUGAAGCACGGGACUUCAGUGCGGAAUACGCGUUAAUGGACCAUGUGAAAACUCCCCGUGUUGUGCAGCCAGUUCAGCCAGAGGUACGAAACCUUCAGGCUAACGACGCCCGUAUUAUCAUUGAUAAUAGUCGCGAUCCCAAUCGAUCCCGCCAGUACGAAGAAGGAGAGACUGCUGACGAUCAGCAGCCAAAUUCUGGAACGCUUGGAUAUGGCUACGAAAGCCACUCGGGACGAGGCAGUCGCGCUACAGAUCGGGAUGAUCGUGACGAACACGAUUAUUAUGAUGAAGAUGAUUACGAAAAUCAGCAGCGACGCCGCAACCGCCAAAUUGGACGAUACGAUCCGAAGCGCUAACCAAAGAAGGUGGAGAUGGAAUGGGAAUAAUUGAAGUUUUGCGUUAAUAAAUUGUGUUAAUUUUUUCUCAAUUGUUGAUCUAACAAAAGAAACUGACAGUUUAUUAUUUCCUAAAUAAUUGUGAUGGAAAUGAUCUUGAUAAAUUUUGCUCAUUCUAAUGAUGCUCAUUUUGUACGGAAUGAAUCUCAUUAUUUCAUGGAUUUCAUGUUAAUUUUUAUUGACACGCUGGCCAGAGACGAUACGGAUGGAUACGAAUGCUGACGAACAGCACUCUCUCGCAGGAGCUCGAGUCCCUUUCCGGUGGCAUGCAGGGAUGACGGUACGAGUUGUACGAUACAACUCUGUACUACGUCACCACAGGUGUGCAGAGCCAGCUAGGUGGAUAUGUGGCCAGCGUUGUGAUGUGUUCUCUUAGUGUGUUGAUAUGCACAGUCUUGACUGGCAUAUUUUUCUCUUCCCUUUUGUGCCCUUUUCCUCCGCAAUGUAUUGCAUUCACUGAUGAAUAAAAUUCCCAUUUUAUUCACGUGUGUUGUCUCAUAUUCAUUCGUCAUCCGGGAUACGAGGAUAAACCUCGUAUUCCCUAUAGUAAGAAGUUAUCAGCGCUUUGUAAGCAACUUUUGCACCACGCUCGUUGCACACGACUGCCAGUCUGGCACACUGAGCGAGUCGAAGUCAGUUUUUGUUCGUAGGUGCGGCGAGAAAAGCAUAGCCACGUACUUGUACUAUAGACGUAUAGCUUGAUAUCUGUACGGUUAAAUAAAAAUUAAACGUUCAAAUAAUUACAGUAUUAUAAUCAACGAUAAAAUCUCUAAUACAGUAACAAGUGCAAUUAUCAUAAAUAAUCAAUUUAUUCCCACUCAGACCUAUUUUCCAGUCUGCGACUCUGUGCGUCAAAACAGUGCAAAAUCAAAGCACUCUAGGGCGUAUACGUGGCGCCGUACAGUUCUUGCGAAUAUUUUAAAGGGGCGUUAGGCGAGCGUAUUCAAAGGUUAUCGAGCGCCAUAGGUUCAUGUUUCGUGCGGCUGUACUACGAUCACUCCAGGUCCCCAACCCGCCAACCGACUAACAGCGGAAACCAGAUUUCACGUAACAUUUCGACUGGUUUUGAAAGAAAUUGUUGAUUCAAAAACAAACAGUUAAGGGAAUUCCUUCGCAGAUACGAAGACGCGGCUGGAUAACAGAAGUCCAGAAUCGACUGAAAGGCUAUCGAGCGAGAAUUCAACAGUCAAGAGCCCCCAGUGACCACUGGCAUUUCUGAGGCGAAUUGGCUGGGCGGCCUGGGCCGCUCCGCCGAAAAUUGACAAUCGGCGAUAGGCGAUAGCAUAAGGCUUCUUAUGUCAACUGCCGUCCGAGUUAGGUAAUAACAGAUACAGGCUGCGCG